UGUGUGAGCGCGCGCGCGCGCGCGCGCGAACGAGCGGCGGGGACCUCGUUCCCUUUUAGCGCCAUCGGAGAGCGGAGUCUGUCUCAGUGUGAUCGCUUGGCCGCGCGCACUCCUACCGAGCACCUGCCGUUGACGAGGAUUUCCCCAGAAAUAAAGAUGGCUGACAUGGACAAUAAAGACCAGGCUGAGCUGGACCCUGCAGACAUGGAGGACGUGGAGGAACUGGAAGAGGAGGAGACGGGGGAGGACGUUAACACCAAAGCUCGUCAGCUCACUGUGCAGAUGAUGCAGAACCCCCAGAUCUUGGCAGCCCUGCAGGAGCGGCUGGAUGGCCUAGCGGGCUCACCAUCGGGGUACAUGGAAAGUUUACCCAAGGUUGUCAAGAGGCGUGUUAAUGCCCUCAAGAACCUUCAGGUGAAAUGUGCCCACAUUGAGGCCAAGUUUUAUGAGGAAGUCCACGAACUGGAGAGGAAAUAUGCUGCUCUGUACCAGCCCCUCUUUGAUAAGAGAAGUGAGAUCAUCAAAGGGGCGUAUGAGCCCACAGACGAGGAGUGCAACUGGAAAGCAGACGAGGAGGAGGAGCUGACAGUAAGUAAGAAGGAAGAGAUGAAGGAAAAGGCAAAGCUUGAGGAGGAAAAGAAGGACGAGGAGAAGGAGGACCCCCGAGGAAUUCCAGAGUUCUGGCUCACUGUCUUCAAGAAUGUGGACUUACUCAGUGACAUGCUGCAGGAACAUGAUGAACCCAUUCUCAAGCACUUACAAGACAUAAAAGUUAAGUUUUCUGAUCCAGACCAGCCAAUGAGCUUUACGUUAGAAUUCCAUUUUGAACCCAAUGACUUCUUCACAAACCAAGUGCUGACGAAAACUUACAAGAUGCGAUCAGAGCCGGAUGAGGCAGACCCAUUCUCAUUUGACGGGCCAGAGAUCAUGGGCUGUACUGGUUGCCAAAUUGACUGGACCAAAGGGAAGAACGUCACGUUGAAAACCAUAAAGAAGAAACAGAAGCACAAGGGACGUGGUACUGUCCGGACAGUCACCAAGACGGUCCCCAAUGACUCCUUCUUCAACUUCUUCUGCCCGCCUGAAGUUCCUGAAAAUGGAGAACUGGAUGAGGACUCUGAGGCUGUUCUUGCUGCCGACUUCGAGAUCGGCCACUUUAUCCGCGAACGUAUCAUACCGAGGGCAGUAUUGUACUUCACGGGCGAGGCCAUUGAGGAUGAUGAUGACGAUUAUGACGAAGAAGGAGAAGAGGCUGAUGAUGAGGAGGGUGAAGAGGAAGCAGAUGAGGAGAAUGAUCCAGAAUACGAUCCCAAGGUUUAAAUGAUGUCUAUAGAAAUAACCCUAUCCUGAAGGACGCAAAUCCACCAGCCGAGUGCAAACAACAAUGAAGCUGGAAUCUGUGGCCUUGAGGAUUAACUGCACUGUAACAGCUUCUCAAACAAAACAUAGUUACUUACCGCCUUACAAUGUUUUGUAUUUUUUCUUGGUAGAAAUAAUAAUAAUAAUAAUAAUAAUAAUAAUAAUAAACAAAUUCAAGAGAUUUUUGUUACAAAACUCAGUGGGGGCCAAUUCAAAGCUGUGGCUCAUUCUGCAUAGUAUUUUAUUAGACUUUUUCCUCUCAGUAUCAAUAGUUAGAAUGCAGUAAGUUCCUCUAAAAGCAUGAACUCGUUUCUCCACUGCUUACUAGUUUGGGUUCUUUGUGAAGUCUUUUGUUGUAUUGCUCUUGGACAACAGCUGUGAAUAGCUUGAAUUAUGUUACCCUGGACAAAGCAAUGACCGUCAUGUUCCAAUCCAUUCUUUUCUGCAAAGGACCAACUAGACCUAAGGUCAGCCCUAUUAGUCUCUUUAAAGAGGUCCCUUUGCUUGCGGUUUUGCCCCCACACUAGACGUUGCAGCAGUGGCUGCUGAUGUAGGACUUGCACGCAGUUACACUGCUUCAUCCUAAACCCUGCACUAGACCUUUUAUCAUUCUUACAGUCAUGUGUGAAUGGGUGGUAUCGGAUGGCAGCCAUCACAUGCAAACUUGACUGUAUAACAGUGCGGUAAUUUUUUCUUCUUCCUAUUUUGGAAGACAGUUGCACUCUUAUGUAUCAAAAAUACAUUCCAGUGUAGAGAUUAGAAAGGGAUGUUCUGAAAUAAACCACCUACCCCAACAGCGAACAUAACUAUCUUGUUUGGUUAAUUAAACAAUGGUGUCUUGGAAAACUGCUAAACAACGUUUGGAACCUAGACUCAAAUUGCUGUGUGUUAGAAUGGAUUUAGUUAAUGGAGACGAGAAAUGAUGAAAGCGCUCAGCAUACAUGACCAAACUGAAUCUCUUGCAUUUUAUUGCCAGUUCUUCUGGGGCACCUGCAUUACUGGGGCAAGUGGGUAAGUUAGAAUCUUGUGUUGGCUUUAAGGAAGCUGACAUCGCGUCUGCUGCGACACUUUGUUCUUCGAUUUGUGUCCGGCUACCUAGUCUACAGGUUUGACACAAUGGGAUAAUUUGCCCUCAUCUAACAUGGGCACUUAGUGAUGGAGAUUUACUGUAGUUCUGUCAGUGGCACCUACGGGCAUCGUUUGGUUGCUCAGCACUGAUGGCAGACUGUUCAAAGCGAUUGAAAACGUGCUUAUGGCUUUUGCCGGUGGUCUCCAAGCGGAAAGGAGCUUUAAUCCCACAUCUGCUGGACUGUGGAGGGAAAAAAUUGGAAUAGGUUACCAUAAACUAGCUAGUCGGUUCUUGAGCGGGCCGUUUUGUGAUACGGGUUACGUGUGUGUUGUGAUAGUCCAGCUGGCUGUGCAGCUUCUCCAAGACUAUCACUGUGAAUGGGUCACUGUUCUGGAGCUUUUACAAGUCGUAGGGUGAGACAGAAGGGACAACUUCUACCAGGUUUUGAGCCCAACAGAGUCUCCCGGACCCCCAGUCAGGUUUCCGUGGGAGCACCGCAGAAACGUCACUCGGGGGUAAGGUGGGGUAUCAGUGCUGUCUUGACUAGAGGACUGAAACUGCAUUCUGCCUGGAUCUGUUGAAGCAGCUGUUGUCAAAGCAUAAUGCUAUGCUACAAAAUACUAAUGUACUCAAUAACUGUAUGUGUAUGUAUAUUCAUGAAUAAAUUGGUUAAAUGUGC